AUGUCUGGCGACGACUCUUCCUACGCUCCCAAAUCCCCAGACUUCUCGUCUUUCUUCUCCUCCGCUCCCACCGAACAACCACCACACCUUGAUCUUGGACCGUCGAGUCGUAGCCAACAGUUCAAACCUCCUACUUUUGGCUACACUUCGUCCUACAUCCCCCCAACCUCGACCAGCUUCAACCUUGGCAGCUACGGCGCGACCAGCAACGCGUACCAGCCACCAGUCCUGUCGCCGCGAAACUCGUUUUCGCAGACAUUGGCCGCUCAGCCACCCUGCAACCAGAAGUUUCAACUGCAGGACCCCAGCGAACUUCCGCCGUCGACAACGUUUGCCGACCCAUAUCCCCCGACCGUCCAGCCACGAACAGCUGUCAAGCAAGAAGCCAAGAUGCCUCCCCGCAAGGCGGCCAAGGAGCCUUCGCCGCCCGCGCCGCCCAUCAUUGACUCGUCCAUGGUCAAGACAAAGUUCCCCACGGCCCGCAUCAAGCGCAUCAUGCAAGCCGACGAGGAAGUCGGCAAGGUCGCGCAGCAAACACCCAUCGCUGUCGGCAAGGCGUUGGAGCUCUUCAUGAUUCAGCUCGUGUCUAAAAGCGCCGAAGUGGCCAAGGACAAGGGCUCGAAACGCGUCACGGCUUCCAUGCUCAAGCACGUGGUCGAAUCAGACGAGCAGUGGGAUUUCCUGCGCGACAUUGUGAGCCGUGUUGAAAUCGAAAAGGAAGGCCCCAAAAAGGAGCCCAAACCAAAGGCGGAAAGCGAUAGCGAAGACGAGCAGCCUAAGAAGAGACGAGGCGAACGAGGUGCCGGGCGAAAGAAGAAGACAUCCUAG